AUGAUCAAGCUUGUCUCCCAAUGGGGCCCCGCCACGCGUGAUCUUGUUGGGCUCGUACAGUUUUCACAGUUUGAGACAACCUGCCGCGAAUACGUUGUAUACGAUGAAUGGGGAUUUGUUCCUCAUCCCGCAGCGACCUUUGAUGCCAUCCUUGACUUCCGGCAAGAUUGCGAACCGGGCGAAACCCAUUCUUCUGUUCUGCGGGUCCGACCGUGCGAUGAGGUGGUAUGCGUUAAGCGGCGGUCAAUGGCCGAGCAGGUUGAGUUCUUCCCCCUUUGUCGCUCCUAUGCUGGUGCUCGAGAUGUCGCCGAUAUCCUUUGUUUUUCGCGGAUGGUACUAGACCCCACAUGGCUGGGGAAAAUCAGGGCUCGUCGCGGUGCACAUCAUACCGUUUCCGCUCCCCAGGCCUGCAUACCCAAACGACAGCGAAAAGUACUAGAAGAAUACAUGCCAGCAUAUUUCGCUGAUGGCUUGCAGUGCUGGCGGACCUUGGCAGGAGAUGCAAUAGCUGCCGGUGGAGAUCAGACUAGUGCUGAACCCCCUAACACGCCUGGAACAUCGGGCUGGCAGUCGCUUUUGGACGCAUGUACAUAUCGCAUACCUGAGUAUGACACGUACAUGUUCCAAACUCACAGCAGGCAACAAGAUGAUCCGACUGAGGCUAUGCUGAUCAGUGUGGCUAAAGAACCGACAAACCACGCAUAUUACACGGAUGCCUGGCUGUGA